AAUUUUUCUACAUUUUCCUAAAUGCAAAACAAAUUAAAAUAAAAAUAACACGAAAAAGGAGAAAAGAGUGAGGCUGAAAAUAGUACUAGCAGCUAAAAUCUCCUCUUAUCUGAGCUCGCAAACAGCAGGGCAGCUGUUUAUUCCACUCCCAUGGCCAAUUCUGCACCUUCUUUAUUAUAGAGAACAAAUUCUUUGAAAAUCUUGGCCCAUUAAUUCAGCACCAGAAAAGAAGAGACAUGGCGUUAGUCCCACAUUCCCAAGUCUUCUCUUCUUUCCCAGCCAUCAAGUCUGGCCCAUAUCCCAAAAUCAUGAAAUCUAGAACUCUCAAAAUCUCAGCUUCCAAUAACUCAGAAGAUAAGCCUCAGGACCAGAAGGUUGAAACUGAUCCUGUGAAGCUUGCAUUUUUAAAAGCUAAGGCUUACAAGAAAGAAACUAAAUUAGAUGAUAAAGUGGUGCCUUCAGCUGAUAAACUUGCAUUGGACAGUAACACUGUACAAGAAAGAUCAAAUAAAGGGAAUGGAGAAAGUGACAGAAAUGCCUUACCCAAAAAGAGUGUUAGUAAGAAGGAAAAGUUGACGAUCUCAAGUAGUGAUUUCGUGGGGCUUGGUUUUUCUGAUAAAAAGCAGAGCAGGGGACUGCCUGCUGGAUUGGUUCCAAUAGUAGACUCAUUCCCUGAAGGAAACUUGCCUGAUGUAGAGAUACUUGUUGGGGACACAAGCAAGUUUGUAGAUACUGAGACAUCAAAGUCAAACCGCAUCCAAGAAGAUGACACAAAUACCUAUAAGCCGAAGGUUUCCACAUGGGGAGUUUUCCCCAGACCAAAUGACAUCUCAAAAACUUUUGGCGGUGGAAGAACUAUACGUCCAGGAGAGGCACUUGAAUCAGGAGAAGAGAAAGCAGCUAAAGAAGCACGUACGAGGGAGCUACUUGCUGCCUACAAGAAGAGAGUAGGCCUAAGUAUUGAUCAAAACGUAAAACUUGAAUGUGAGAAGGCACUGAAGGAUGGCGACUCUUUCAUGGACCUUGGCAAGCUCAGGGAAGCACUACCAUUUUAUGAGAAAGUUAUGAAUGAGUUGCCAUUUCAGACUGAACUUCAUGGAUUAGCUGCACUGCAGUGGUCUAUUUGUCAAGACUCGCUUCGUAGGUUUGUCAUCUGUAGUUCUCUAAUUUUCCAAGGGUUUAAACAAGUUCUUAUGAAAUGCCUGUCUUUAUCUGUUACAAGAGUAGUUAAAGAAUUUAUGCUAAAGAAUUCCAGCUCACCCAAGAGAAAAGAAAAAGGAAAAGAGAAAAUGAUGCUUUGCAUUGUUCUCAUAUGCUUUCUACAAGGGGAAUAACAUACUGAAUACUGAUAUGUCCAUCACGUUUUG